CGCCCCACUUGUUUUUACCUCCCAGACACGAUGACAUCCUGGCCAUGGAAGACGAAGGUUAACCCUUACGCAAAUGCUGUGCGGCAGCGCUGUGCCGAGUGGUGCUCCUCCUUCCCGAUGAUGGCCAAGGCUUACAAGAAACUUGAUCCAAAUCAACUACUAGUGGUAUCCCUCUUCUCGCUCGUGAUUGUAUUGGUGGACGAUAGCACAGACGUCGAAGAUGCUGCUGCUGCCCAGCAGACAGCAACCCUUGUCCGAGACGCCUUGCAACAUCCUCACCAGGCUCGGCCAUUUGGAGAGGCUCCAAUAGGGGAAAUAGUACGACGCUUCUGGCAGUUAGCCAUCCAAACAACGCACGUAGAUGUGCAGUCGGCGUUCUUAACCCACUUCGACGCGUUUCUCGAGUCAGUAGUGGCCCAAGCGGGGUUUAGAGACCACGAUAGCCAGCUCAGCAUCGAUGCUUACCUGACCAUCCGCCGCGAUACCGUCGGGGUGAUGCCUUUCUUCCCUUUUCUCAGGCCGUCUGCAGACGAUCGCGCGACUGAGAACGUCUGGAACUCUCCUAUCAUUGCCGAGUUAACCGGCUACAUCGUGGACAUGUACAUCUACGAUAAUGACACGAUUUCGUAUGCUCGGGAGCACGCCCUCGGCGACAUCGGCCAUAACAUCAUCACGCUUCUCAUGCGAGACCUCAAUAUUGAUCUCGGCAGCGCGGUUUCCUGGGCCGUCAUGCAGCAUGCUGUGGCCCAGCGGGCGUUUAUUGAGGGGAUCGCACGUUUACCUUCUUGGGACGCUGACGUUGACCGGCAAGUCCGGGAUUACCUCGAUGGGCUCGGUCAUUGGGCAAAAGCUUACCACACUUGGGCGUUUGAAGUCGAGCGAUACUUCGGAGACCGCGGGAAAGAGGUGAAAGCUACGGGACUCGUUCGGCUGCGUAGGUCAUAGGGCGAUAGACGGACUGAUGGAGACAGGUGACAAUGUAUUUAAAGUACUUGUAAUUGUAUUGGUAUAGAUUCAUACUUACAUUUUGCC